UCAAAGGCAAAAUCUGUUUGAUUUGCAGAUGAAAUGCCUGAGAAACGAACACUGAGAAGGAUGAAAGCCCGGCAGCCUGUCAUCUCAUUGGACGUUUGGGUGCGUCUUCACCGCAAAGAUCUUUCAUCCGAGCUACUCAGUCAAGGCACAGGCACUGUAAUGGCUGUGAAUGACACCUGUUAUGGCUGCAAGGUCUUACAGCUUUUCAAACAGUGAUUGUGUACCGCGACUGUUUUAACAUCAAGUUGAAACAACAAGUCUGGAUGCGGUGCGCGUGCACUGAGGACGCUGGAAAGACUGAGAGGUAGCAGUUGAAAAGCUUACUUCAAGACAGUCUUUUAAUAAUUUCACCCUUCGAUUCCCAUGAUGGCUCUGACCUGCCUUUGUGAACCUGUGAAUGGAUCAGAUCAGGAUUAUAUGCUCUGCAAUAGCACUGCAUUCAACUUUACCGGCAAUGAGAGCGGACAUUGUCACCUUCAGACCAUGGAAGAAGUUCUGUUCAGGCUUCUGGGGCCACAACGAUCGUCUUUCUUCUUUCCUGUGACUUUUACGUACAUCCUCAUCUUCAUCACAGGGGUCUUGGGAAACCUCCUAACCUGCACUGUGAUCACUAAAGACAGGAAGAUGCAGACACCCACCAACCUAUAUCUUUUUAGCCUGGCCAUCUCAGACCUGCUGGUGCUGAUCUUCGGGAUGCCGCUGGAAAUCUACGAGCUAUGGCAGAACUACCCCUUCCCCUUUGGUGAAAGCGUCUGCUGUUUUAAGAUCUUCUUAUUUGAGAUGGUUUGUUUUGCUUCUGUGCUCAACGUUACAGUGCUGAGUGUAGAGCGUUACAUAGCUGUGAUUCACCCGCUCAAAACGCGCUACGCGAUAACCAACAAGCACGCUCAAAGGGUCAUCGCUAGCGUUUGGGUUCUGUCCCUGAUCUGCGCCAUCCCAAACACUUCACUUCAUGGCCUGCAAUACCAGUACCUGCCAGAUAGGGUUCUGGAAUCAGCCACCUGCAACCUGCUCAAGCCCAAAUGGAUGUAUAACUUGGUCAUCCAGAUUACAACUGUGCUCUUUUACUUCAUCCCCAUGAUGAUGAUCAGUGUGCUUUAUCUGAUGAUUGGUCUGACACUGGGUAGGGGACAGAAGCAGAGGAAGGGCAAGCUGGAUAAGAACCAAGACAGCUGGAAAAUUCAUCUGGCCAGCAGACGGAGAAGGCAGGUCACCAAGAUGCAUUUUGUGGUGGUAUUAGUUUUUGCCAUCUGCUGGGCUCCGUUCCACAUCGACCGACUCUUGUGGAGCUUCAUCACGAGUUGGACGGACCAUAUGCAUAACAUAUUUGAAUAUGUUCACAUAAUCUCAGGCGUGCUCUUUUACCUCAGCUCUGCCGUUAACCCCAUCAUCUACAACCUUCUCUCCAGUCGUUUCCGGGAGCGAUUUCAAGCGCUGGUGUGCAGUCGACUGCCAUCAAGCUCUUCUCGUAAUGACUCAGUGCCUUUCUACAUCAUCCCCAAAGACCCCCCCACUGAUUUCCAACGUCCAGGCUAAGAGAUGGAACGCUGGCCACUCACUUCCUUUUGUCAUUAUCAGCAGCAGGUGGGAACUGGAGAAUGAAUGCUUUCAUGUGAGACAACAUGCUCCGUAAUUUCACAUGGGAAGCCUAUACCUCUUGCUAAGAACAGAAAAAACUAAAAUGUGAUAAGUCCAAAGAGAAAAAUGAAAAUAAAACACUGUACAGUUUUGCAGAAGUGCCAUGUCAUUCAUACUCAGUAUUACGGUUCCUGUGGACAUUAGUAAAAUAACAGGAACAACAAGGUUAUUCGUUGAGAAAUAAUAAAAUUGCUGCUAUUUGCCUGUUCAAAAAAAUGAAACUGCUCAUCUGUAUAAUACAUAUGAAGUCUGUAUCAACUGUAUUUCCUUUAGACAUUCUACUAACUAUAGCUAACUGUAAUGUCAACUAACUCUCAUUCAUUUUUAAGUACAUGUUAACUAUCUAUCUAUCUAUCUAUCUAUCUAUCUAUCUAUCUAUCUAUCUAUCUAUCUAUCUAUCUAUCAUCAGCAUGUGAAUGGAUGUCAAGUUAAAACUGUAUUAAAUUAUUAUAUAAAAUGGCAUAUUAUUAACAAUAUAUAUUUCAAAUGAGUGUCUAAUUGGGAAUGAGUUGCUCUUUUUGUCAUUUGUGUCAUGGGGACAUAAAAAAUUGAUAGAAGGUAGUCACUGGAAAAAGUUAUUAGGAAAAUAAAACGAUACGAACUGCAUGGGGAAUUAACUGUUACAGAGAGAAAAGUUUAUAUUUUAUGUUUCAGUUAAUUGCAGGUGUUUGUUGGGUGUGCAGAGAUUCUGGUUUAAAUAUUGCAAUUAUUUUAAAUGUUGUUUUAGAAAUGUUUGUGCUAAAAGUGCUUCGCUAGAAUUCAACAUUAUGAGAAUUAGGAAAUUUCUUGUAAGUGUGCAUUGUAACUGCUAAAUAUAUUGGAGAACUAUGGCCUUAUUUUCAAGUAGUGCUCAUUAUUUGUUUCUUUCCCUUGUUAGUGACCUU